AUGGCCAAGAGAAGGCAAAAAAAGAGAACUCAUGCACAAAUCACACCUGAACAGGAACGAGGCAUUCCAAAAUCAAUGGUCAUCAGGGUCGGUCAAACUUCCCUAGCUAACCAUUCCCUGAAUCAAUUAGUAAAGGAUUUUCGUCAAAUUAUGCAGCCGCACACGGCUAUAAAAUUGAAGGAGCGCAAAUCCAAUAAGCUAAAGGAUUUCGUCGUUAUGUGUGGCCCAUUAGGUGUCACUCAUCUCUUCAUGUUCACCCAAUCUGAAAAGACAGGUAACGUUUCACUAAAGAUAGCUAGAACUCCGCAGGGUCCCACUAUCACUUUCCAGGUAUUGGACUAUUCUCUUGGCAGGGAUAUUAAGAAAUUUUUGAAGAGGCCAAAAUCGCUGAAAAAUGAUGACAUGUCAAAUCCACCACUGUUAGUCUUGAAUGGGUUUUCUACAGCCAAGAAAUCCGGUGAAAACAGUUGGGAUGUGAACGUGGAGAAGAUUGUUGUUUCCAUGUUCCAAAAUAUUUUCCCACCUCUAAAUCCAGCAAGAACCUCACUAAAUUCUAUCAAACGUGUAUUCAUGAUCAAUAAGGAUAGGGAAACUGGAGAAAUUUCUAUGCGCCAUUACUUCAUUGAUAUCAGAGAGGUGGAGAUCUCUAGAAAUCUAAAAAGGCUUUAUAGAGCCAAAGGCAAUUUGAGUAAAACGGUGCCGAAUUUACACCGAAAAGAAGAUAUCUCCUCUUUGAUAUUAGACCACGACGUGGGCGCUUACACAUCUGAAUCAGAGGUUGAAAAUGAUGCUAUUAUAAGAGUGGUUGAUAACCAAGAUGUGAAGGCGAGCCAUUCUAACCAUUCGCAAAAACGAGUAGUCGAGAAAACGGAUGAUGAGGAACAUGGAAAAGAGGCAGAAGACGGAGAUGCGGAAAUGGAGGAGCCUAAAAGUCCAGAACUUUCUCAGCCAACGCCUCGUAAAAAGGCUAUCAAACUAACUGAAUUAGGCCCAAGAUUAACCCUGAAAUUAAUCAAGAUAGAGGAAGGUAUCUGUUCAGGUAAGGUGUUACAUCACGAAUUUGUUCAAAAAUCCAGCGAAGAAAUCAGAGCUUUGGAGAAGAGACAUGCUGUGAAGAUGAGGCUCAAGGAAGAAAGAAAGAAAGAGCAAGAAGGAAACAUCGCAAAAAAGAAGGCUGUUAAAGAUGCCAAAAAGCAACGUAAGUUGGAAAGAAGAAAAGCUAGAGCAGUAGAAGAGGGUGAAGGUGAAAGCAAUAAUGAUGUUAUGAAUGAUGAUGAGUCUUCUUCUAGUGAAGAUGAGCGUUUUAGUGAUAUACCCGAGGAUUUAGAUAGUGAUUUAUUCAGCGAACUGGAAUAG